AUGUCCUCCUGGUACUCCAACCUCUCCAACAACAUUACCAAGCUCCAACGCACCUACUUCUCCGGUGAAGCCGACGGCGACACCGAAGAUGACACCCACGUCUGCCGCGUCCUGCGCGCCUACUACGUCGAAAAGGGCCAACACUUCCCAUCCUGGCUUCCUCCCGACCCCAAGGCUCCUCCCCCCCAGCAGCAACAGCAACAGCAACAGCAACAAGCCCAAGGCCAAUAUGGCCAACAGCAACGGUAUAAUGGCUACGGCGGUCAACAACAGUUAAGCAGUCUUUGGGACAAUAAUGGUGGCGGUCGCGGAGCAGCAGCACAGGGAGGAGCAGCGCAAGCACAACAAAGUCGAAACCCCUUCGCCCGCGCCGCCUCCUCCACAGCCCCAGCAGCGUCACCC